AAGAAAAAAAAAAAAAAAAGAAAUUUUGGAAUCCUCCGACUAGAAUGAUUUGGUUAUUGUACUUUUUGCACUUUAUUCUUCUGUUUUUCCAUGUACCCACUUGCCAAUCCUCGUCAAUUUCUGAUCUUUUUGAUGUCUGGUGCAAAGAGUAUGGGAAAACAUACAGCUCCGACCAAGAAAGACAGCACAGGCUCAAAGUGUUCGAGAAAAACUAUGAAUUUGUUACCCAUCACAAUACGAGGGCCAAUUCUUCUUACACCCUUUCUUUGAAUGCCUUUGCUGAUCUCACUAACCAUGAGUUUAAGGCUAGGUACUUGGGGCUGUCGCCUUCUGGGAGGGAUUUGUUGAUCAGGCUUAAAGGCGGGCCGGGCUCGGUUGAAGGGCCCGAUCUUGUGAGGGAAUCUGAUAUCCCUUCUUCCUUGGAUUGGAGGGAGAAAGGGGCUGUUACUGGAGUGAAAGAUCAGGGGAGUUGUGGUGCUUGCUGGUCGUUCUCAGCCACGGGUGCAGUUGAGGGAAUUAAUCAGAUUAAGACAGGAUCUCUUGUAAGUUUGUCUGAACAAGAGCUGAUAGACUGUGACAAAUCAUAUAAUGCAGGCUGUGGAGGAGGCCUCAUGGACUAUGCUUACGAGUUCAUCAUAAAAAAUAAAGGGAUCAAUACUGAAGAAGAUUAUCCGUACCGAGGGCGAGAAGGGACAUGCAACAAAGAUAAACUCAAAAGACACGUUGUGACAAUCGAUAGUUAUGCCGACAUACCACCUAAAAACGAGGAAAAGUUAUUACGAGCUGUGGCCACUCAGCCUAUAAGUGUCGGUAUUUGCGGUAGUGACUCGUCUUUCCAGCUUUACUCAAAGGGAAUAUUUUCCGGGCCAUGCUCGACUUCUCUCGACCACGCAGUCCUAAUAGUCGGUUACGACACUAAAGAUGGGAAGGACUAUUGGAUAAUAAAGAACUCAUGGGGAAAAUACUGGGGAAUGAGUGGGUACAUGUUCAUGCAGAGGAACACAGAAAGUGCAGAAGGAGUGUGUGGGAUCAACAUGCUGGCCUCAUACCCAAUCAAGAAAAGCCCAAACCCACCACCCUCACCGGGCCCAGGCCCAAUAAAGUGCAAUCUCUUCACUUAUUGCUCAAGUGGGGAGACUUGCUGUUGUGCCUGGAGUUUUCUCGGGCUUUGUUUGAAUUGGAAAUGCUGUGGGGUAGAAUCUGCCGUUUGUUGCAAGGACCAUAGUCAUUGUUGCCCGAGCAAUUAUCCGGUUUGUGAUACUAUGAGAAACUUAUGCCUCAAGAGGACUGGAAAUGCUACAUUAGCGAAGCCUAUAUCGAAAAAGGGCUCUUUUACGAGUUAAGGUAGUGGCAUUUUCUCUUUCGGACCAUAAACAACAUACUCUGGUUAUGUCUAGUUUUAUUAGUAUUACAGAUCAUCAUUUUGCCAAGAUUGGAACUCAUUCGUAUGAGCUUUCAUAUCAUGGGAAUUUUUCUGUUCAUGCAUACUGAGAACAGGCUAUCGGCUUGUACUUUGAAUAUUUUUUUUUUCGUUACACUUCAUUUAGUGCAAAAUAGGGUGGGUGUAUGUAUAAUGUAGCUUACAUUUUCAAGUAAUGUACCACUAGCAUCAAUGUUGUUUCUUGGGCAUGAAAUGUGAAGCAUAUUCUGAAAACAAUUUUUCACAAAGAUGGCAAAUAUUCUCUCACGACAAGCCCUCGCAAUGCAAUACAUAGGCAUAUAUACCCA